CCAGCGGCUCUCCUCGAGCGCGUCAUGCACUCAUUUGCAUACGGUGCGAUUUGAAAUACAAUGUAAACAGCUCUUGAAAUGAGCAGCUCAUCGAAACAGGUCGAGCAGUCCUUGCUGGCUAUUCGUAUCAUUGGUGGUGUAGGCUGACUGGCAUUAUUUCAGCUGAUGGGCAUGGCCCUGCAUUCUGAUGGAAACGUGGGAGAUUCGAAAUGACUAUUCGUCACAUUGCUCCCGCGGAGAACCAACCUGUGGUUACACACAGAAAUGUAGCCAACUUCCUCGGCUUUGACUGUCGCGCAGACACGUCAUUCAGAGACUAGUCCUUGGCCCGCCCAGCAGCAUUUGACUGAAGAGAGCAAUGAAGAGUGUCGAGGUAUAAUAACAGUUUAACUGGACCUCAGCAGCAGGCUAACAUUUUAUCACAUUGAGUGAUACAGUAUACGUUCUUUGGUUGCCCAGCCGUUGAGCAUUCAGUGCGAUAUCACAUCUGGGCUACCGGAAAUACGAUGCUCAACCACCGCUGUAGGUUGACAUUGCUGCUAUCCAGGUGUUGGACCAAAGAGGAGGGACGUUGUUGAUGUGACAUUACAUCUAUGCUGUGUGCAGUUUUUGUGGUCCCAUUCACAGACACAGAGCAAGAAGAUGCUGAGCCGUUUCAUGAGUGGCAGCAUCAGGAAUCUGGAACGAGAAUACAACUGUACCGUGAGGCUGCUGGAUGACUCGGAGUACACCUGCACGAUCCAGCGCGAUGCAAAGGGACAGUACCUGUUUGAUCUCAUCUGUCACCACCUUAACCUGCUGGAGAAAGACUACUUUGGCAUCAGAUAUGUGGACCCAGACAAACAGAGGCACUGGUUGGGGUUUACAAAAUGUAUUGCCAAACAAAUGAAAUCCCAGCCUCCAUUCACCAUGUGUUUACGUGUCAAGUUUUACCCUCCUGACCCGGCUGCCCUGAAAGAGGAAAUCACAAGAUAUCUAGUCUUCCUACAGAUCAAGAGAGAUCUGUACCAUGGUCGUCUCCUGUGUAAGACGUCGGAUGCUGCCAUGUUGGCUGCCUACAUACUACAAGCUGAGGUUGGUGACUAUGAUCCUGGAAAGCAUCCUGAGGGCUACAGCUCUAAGUUCCAGUUCUUCCCUAAACACUCAGAGAAGCUGGAGAGACGCAUCUCUGACAUCCACAAGACAGAACUAAUAGGACAGACUCCAGAAGAGUCCGAGCUGAACUUCCUGCAGAAGGCCCAGGAGCUGGAGACGUAUGGUGUGGACCCUCACCCCUGCAAGGAUGUGUCAGGGAACCCUGCCUUCCUGGCCUUCACUCCGUUUGGCUUCACUGUCCUGCAGGGGAACAGGAGAGUCCAUUUCCUCAAUUGGGACGAGGUGACAAAGCUGAAGUUUGAGGCAAAGACAUUCCAUAUAUAUGCAAAUCAGAAAGAGGACAAGAAGAUCAUCUUGACAUAUUUUGCACCUACACCUGAGGCCUGUAAACACCUGUGGAAGUGUGGAGUUGAGAAUCAGGCUUUCUACAAGUUGGACAAGUCCAGCCAGGUCAGAACGGUGUCCAGCAGUAAUCUGUUCUUCAAAGGAAGUAGAUUCAGAUACAGUGGCAGGGUUGCUAAGGAAGUGAUGGAGCAAAGUGCCAAAAUAAAACGGGAACCUCCAGAGAUUCACAGGGCUGGUCUGGUACCCAGUAGGAGCUGUCCUUCCAUCACCCACGGCCCAAGGCUGACCAGUGUCCCCCGACAAAGACGGAGAGCUGUACACAUCUCCAUCAUGGAGGGCCUGGAGUCCCUACGAGACUCCGCCCACUCCACGCCCGUGCGUUCCGUCUCCCACGGCGACUCCUUCAUGCCGCGACACCGUCACCACACAACAGAUGCCGGCGAGGGCGGGUCAUCCCAGCGGGUCAUCUCUGACGAGGCCUACUGUCCCUCAGACAGUGUGCUGCCCACCCCCAUGGCCGAACACAGCCUGGAGCUAGCUGUGGCACGCCACCCUAAUGGAGCCCCCUGCAGCAUCGAAGAGGAGGAGUCGGAGGCCGGGACUCCUGAGGGACAGGUGGCUGAGUUUGGCCCCGACGGCAGAGUGCUUCGGCUGGGUCGGACCAGGAAGUCUCUCCCUAAUAAGGAGGUGCAGGAGCUACAUAAGUUCAUCCUGAGUGUGUUGCGUAUGUUCCUGGUGACCAUGGGACUGCUGUUUGCCCUGCUCUCCCUCCUUAUCAUGCUGACUGAGUCUGACCUGGACAUCGCCUUCCUCCGGGACAUACGCAAGACGCCUGAGUUCCAGCAGUUCCACUUUGAGUAUUUCUGCCCUCUCAGACGGUGGGUUGCCUGCAAGUUCCGCUGGAUGGGAGGCUUCCUUAUAGACAAGUGAGAAAGACUGAGCGAUGGAGGGAGAGAAAGAGGAGUGAAUGAAAAAGAGGCCUCUGAGAGGACGUACGCGAAGGAUGGAUGGAGGAUAGGAAGAAGUCAAGGAAGGCUGUAGACAGGAAGGGAGGGCUGCUCCAUCUGAAUGGGAAUUGACCUUCAAGCUUCUCCCACAAGUCACUUCCUGUUACAAGCCAAGGACCGCCCCCUUCGCUGACCCUCUUCCCUUUUCUAACCAUCAGACUGAACGGAGGACAUUUUCUGAGCUCAUGUUUUACUUUGGAAAUUCAGGUCAUUUCAAGGUACUUUAUUUUUUACCAAGAGACAAGGCAACAGAGUUAUAAAACGACAUAAAAUGAGACAUCUGAGGUCUGUUAUAGGCCUGGGAGGAAACACAUAUUAUUCAACCAACAGAACAACAACAGUUGCCUUUAUUUUCUAUUACUUCAUAUGAACAUCAAUUGUAAGAGAGAAAAAAACGGUAAAAUAAUAAGAUGGAUACAAAUAUAUUAGAUGGACAUUGAUAUAAAAACAGAGGUGUGAAGUGUUGAGUUGUGUACUGUUUGAGCUGAGAAAGGAUGAGAGAGAGAGAUGAAAAACCAUGCCUUUUACUCAUUUGGGGUCAACAUCUAAAACAUCCAUGAUAAUCAUUCUAAUGCUGCUGAAACUUUCAUUUGGGCUGCUAUUGGAGGAGAAACAUUUCUACUGGCAGGAGUACUGAAGUCUGGAGUCUGACAAAGAAA